AUGACAGAUUUCCUACCUGAGAUUAUCUCCUUGAAUCAGACUGCUUUUAUCCGAGGUCGAAACAUUAUUGACAAUUCCCUUCUAGCUCAGGAGAUGACAAAGGAAAUCUGGGAUAAAAUUCGGACACAAGGGCAUAAAGUUCAUUGGCAUAGACUCAUAUGGUAUCCUAUGCAUUUACCAAAGCAUAGCUUGAUUGCUUGGAUGACCAUUUUGAAUAGGUUACCUACCAGUGAUCGGUUACAAAGAAUGGGAAUAAGCACUGAUGGAAUCUGUAUUAACUGCAGAAUCUACCAAGAAACAAGGGACCACUUGUUUUCUCAAUAUUCCUUGGUUGUUGAACUCUGGAAAUCUAUCCUAAACUUGAAUGGUAUGAACUAUACUGCUCUGACUUGGGAUGAAAUGGUCUCUCGGGCUAGCUCAACGUGGAAAGGGAAAUCCCUUAUCACCAUUAUCUUGAAAAUUUUGUGGAACGCUUUUAUUUACUCCUUGUGGCAAGAACGAAAUCGUAGAAUGUUUCAGGGUCGAUCCCGAACUGUCGACAUUAUGCUCAAAGAAAUCAUUGAAGUUGUUAGUAUCAUGCUUAGGGGUAAAUCUAUUAACAGACUUGAUAGUGCUAACUUUUACCUUUGUAAUGCUUGA